AUGAACUCAAUCUAUAAUCACGGUCUCAAACAGACUCAGACUAUUAGCAAUGACUUGCUUGAGUUUGAAAAGAACUUGUCGACGUCUCCUCUUUCUCUCCAAGGAGCCAUUACCACUUCCAUCACAGCAUUUCGUAAAACCAUACGGGAAUACCAGGAUUUGAUAGAAAAAGACACAGACUCUUCUGCCAAUACGAAACACGAAAGUCGGCUUGAGAAGUUCAAUCUGGAUUUGAACGACUUUUCCGCUAAAUUUGAGUCUCUCAGAGCCCAAAGAGAUGUAUUAGUUCAAGAAACUAACAAGCAGGAGUUGCUAGGUAGAAGACAUCAUUCUGCUGCGAACGGAAUGCCAGCCUCCGACAACCCAUAUGAUCCUAGCGGGCGCGUGGAAGCCGAACAGCAACAGCAGACUCUAAACUACCUGGAAGGGUUGUUCAAGGAAAGGCUGUCGUUGGCUCGUGGAUCUCAGCAAUUAGACCAUAUUCUUGAAAUGGGCCAGAAUGCUUUCGAAGACAUUGUAGAACAGAACGAGGUGUUGCGCAAAGUGCAGGCUAAGUUUGAGGAAGGACUAGUGACAUUGGGAGUGAGUCAGGGCACCAUCCGUAGUGUAGAAAGAAGAGCCAAGCAGGAUAAGUGGUUGUUCUGGUUUUGUGUGGUGGUGAUGGUAGUGAUUUUCUACUAUAUAGUGAAAUUCUUCCGCUGAAGAGGUCCCCACAGUAACCGCAUUUGAGGUUGAAACCAUGGGACGUAUAUCUUUUAGUUGAUUUGUUCCUUCAGAACUGUGUAACGUUAUUUAAUAUAGUUUUCUCAACUGGACUAUCAAUUUCCUAAUCGGUGUUCGGUUGCAAAGCAAUCUUG